AUGGACGACCCACCGCUCAAGCCAACCACACAUCCCAUGACACCUGUUCCUCCCGAUGCAAUUGAACCACUCUUUCCAACGGUACUGCCAACACCAUCGUUAACGACACGUUCUGGCCAUACAGUACACUUACCAAGACAUUACCGCACUGGGGGGGGGCUUGCAAGGGAAAAUAUAACCUGGUCAGCGGCUUGGUCAGACAGAACUAAUUUGUGACACACUUCAAGUUAGAACGAUAUUAGGUCUCUCGAUCGAACGAAAAAUAUUUGUAGACAGUAAACAAAGUGUGUUGAUAUUUUAUACUAUAUACAUUGUGAAUUCUACACUAGAUUUUCCGCUUAUUGUAUCUUAGUUACCUUAAUUAAAAAAAUUCAAUCGUAAAUACACAAAAAACACGCUAUCUGAUUGAUCUAAAUUUAAUAAAACUUGGGCUGAGUGAAGAAAAAUUCGAGUAGGCAUUCAGUUAUUGAUAUUUUAGGCGGUUUUGUACCAAUUUUCACCAUUCAUGGAGUAUAAAAUAUAUCUUCUAUCAUAAUUGCAAGUCGUUCUAAUGCUUUUAAACUUUAAUUUAAGUUGUUUGAGGAAUUAGUAAAAAAAUGAUCAUUCAAAGAUCGUGAUAUGAGCAUUUCUUGACUCACUUGUCUUAGCUUGACUCACUUGUCUUAGCGAAAUCACACAUUGGGUUAUUAUUAUCAAAAAGCCGGGGAUUUGGACUUGUUACCUGCCAGUUUCGCGUAACAUAGGCCUUGAUAGGACGAUUUAGUUUGGGUUUUUUAUUGUCCCUCUUUGUGAGACUCACUUGUUGUGAAUCCCAUGGUGUAAGUUGAUUGGCUUCCUUGUUUUUAUAAACUUACUUAUGAAGUUGAAAAGGAUCAUUUUUAUCACUCAUUAAUUUCGGCCAAUCAAAAUGACAAAAAUACAAUCAAAUGUAGCCCUUGUAGGUCAUAGCUUAAAUAAUAUUUCAACACGCACGGGUGUCUAUUUGUCUAUUUCUGUAUGUUUAACGUAACGACUGUAAAUUAAACUUAGGGAACUUUUUAAACUUGGAGAGUUAGUACAAGUAAACAUCCUACGACUCUAGUCUCCAUCCGCGUUUUCGCUUGCCCUGACUCCCUGAGAUUCAUAGUAUGCUAUGCCAUACUGGCCAGCCUACAAUAUAUUUAUACUAGAAAUACACACAUGCAACAACCCGUCGCCUAUAUUUUCCAAACAUAUUGUUUCAACAUGAAGUAUUCGUAAUUACGCCAACACUGAACGCAGGCUCGCGUUGCCACGUCAUGUUAAUCAUGGCAACACGAUAAUUGUUUUUUUAAUUUUUUGUACAAACCGGGAAAAAAUACAUGAAAUUUGAACACUUUUAAACACAGAACUAUCAAUUUCUAAAAUACAUAAAGUAGGUAUAAUAUUUUGGGUUCUAUAGGCUUAAUAAAGUAGGUAUAAUAAAAUAUAAGUAGUAUAUAGUAUAAUUAUUAUAUCGUAUAUAAUAAUUAUAUACUAUAUAAUUAUUAUAUAAUUAUUAUAUAAUUAUAUAUAUAAUUAUAUAUAAUUAUAUAAUAUUAUAUAUAAUUAUAUAAUAUUAUAUAUUAUAUAUAAUUAUAUAAUAUUAUAUAUAAUUAUAUAAUUAUAUAAUUAUAUAUAAUUAUUAUAUAAUUAUUAUAUAAUUAUUAUAUUGUUAUAUAGUAUAAUUAUUAUGUAGUAUAUAGUAUAAUUAUUCUUAAGUAGGUAUAAUAUUUUCGGUUCUAUAUUUUGGGUUCUAUACGAAACUCUACGUAAAGCGUUUUUAAAUGUGAAUUGAAAUUAACUGCUUUAUGGUUUAUGCCGAUAUUUAUAUAAAACUUCUCAACUCGAGCUUCAACUUAUUACUCGCAAAUGAAAUCAACUUAUUACUCACUAGUGAAACAAAUUUAAUUCGUACAGGACGGUAAUGAAAAUAAUUUGCUUACCUUUUUAUCAUGAACUUCGAUCUACAAAAGUUAAUUUAAUUAAGAAACUUUCGCAAACAAUGCAUAGGAAAGACUUAAACAUCAAGAACAAAGUCUAUAUUAUUAAAUACAAAGUCAUAGUUAUUACAUAAACAAUUGAAACAAACUUGCCUUAUACUUUAGGAUUUAUUAUACAAUAUCAACUCUUGUGAAUGUUUGCGUUUAAAAGUUGCAAAAGAGUUGUACAAUUUGUUAUGUGAAACGAUUUUCCAAGCUUUCUUACAAGUAUUUUUUUAUAUUUUUUGCCUUUUUCACUCCUGGCAAACAGCUAUAUUCUGAGGUCAGUGAUGACCACCGACUCAACACCGUUGGUGAGCGCCCGCGAUAAUUGAUGGACUUUAGACCACUGAACUAUAUAACAUGGAAGGCUGACUCGAGCUCAAAAACUCAAGCCAAACAUGGCGGAAAUUGAAGGCAUUCUUGCGCGUCAUUCUCAGUCCAAUUACGUGCGCGGUCAACAAAACUUUUAUAUUUUUCUUUACUUUCCGAGUAAAAAUCUGGUGAAAGACAGACGAAAUUUGAAUGAAAAGUUGAAUUCUGGUGUUUUGUUUGGGUUCGGUUCUAAAUUUUAAUUAUUAUUUAUUUAAAAGAAGCGAUAUUUGAGUGAAAAGAAAGCAAAAUAGCACGAGAUUGUUAUUUUUGUAAAUGACAAAGAGUGACAAAACAAAACACAAAUGUCACUCAAUCUUUCAAAAUAUCUGCACUGUCCCUAUUGACAAGGGUUUCACAAACAUAAAUAACUCAUUAAAAUAAACAGUUUAAGUUUAUAAGGCAAUCAUCAAAGAGAUUUUAUUAAAUAAAAAAUAGAAAAACAAAAUAGUUUCUUACAUGUAUGGAAUUGAGUUGGCUAAAAACUGCCUCGAAAACUGCAGUUAAAAAGCAGUUUCAGGUCAGGAAAACGGACUAAAAUAAGCUAAAUAAUGGUGUGAAAACUGAAAAGCACCAUAGAAACACGAAAGCAAAACAACUAAAGCAAAAAUAAAUUCCCAAUUUAUAAAAAUACAGAUUUAUUCAAAAAAGCAAAAAAGUUUGAAAUUAGUUGUUGAAUUCGCAACGAAAAACACAGAUUUACUCACACAUACAGUGGAAAAUGCAGUGGACAAAUCGAGUAGAUGAAGGAAUUCAGGUUUACAUGAAAUAAAUGAAUUUUAUUUCCUUUUUUGCUCAUUUAAAAUGAAGAAAAACAACCCGAGAGUCGCGGACCCAUCACUUCCCGCCAUGAAAAUAUAAAAAAAUGUUUGGCCGCGCACGUAAGGGGACUGAGAAUGACGCCCAAGAAUGGCUUCAAAAUCCGCCAUCUUUGGUUUCACAUUUUAAAUACGUAACUGACUGAAGUCAGCCUUCCAUGUAUACAGUUCACUGCUUUAGACUUCGCUAAUGUUUUCGUUUCCCCGGGUGUAAAUAGCUGUAAAUAUAUAUAUAUAUAUAUAUAUAUAUAUAUAUAUAUAUAUAUAUAUAUAUAUAUAUAUAUAUAUAUAUAUAUAUAUAUAUAUAUAUAUAUAGCCUCUUAAGGUACUUAUAAUGUAGAAUAAUGGAAAAAAAUUCUCAAACUCAAAUUUUGUGAACCAGGGGUGUGUGUCUUUUCCAACAAAUGGCUCGCGCACAAAAUUUAAAAGUUGUAAUCAUAUUUUGAGUUAACAGAUGGAAACUUUGUUGGGUUUUUAAUUACUGUACAAAAUGUCAGACAAUUUGGUUUAGUUUAAGCCAAAGGAGGAUAUUAACGUUAUUCCGGCAUGCAUCGCGUCACCACCCGCGACUCCAGCUAGCGCAAAACAAACAUGGCGAAAGGUCAUGCAUAAUUCAUAUGGUCAACUCAAUGACGUUAUAUGUCACAAAGAAAUGCAAAAUAUGGUAAGUAAACCGUAUCUUAUACAUAUUAAUAGUUCUAGCAAAGCAUGCAAAUGCUUCUCAUAACACAAAACAACUUUACGCGACGUCCCUUCCAACCUUCUAUCCAAGGUCCCGAGCAAGCGAGGUAGUCCGCAGCAUCAGCUCGCAAAAAUACCGACAACGCAUUUGCAAAUAUCUACACUACGCUUGGAGUUUUUCCACCAAGCAUUAAACACUAACACACUAUGGCAUUUUUACUUCUCACUCAUACAAAAAAGACCCUAAAAGACCCUAAUAUAGGCAGUCGUUUUGACAAGUGAAAACCUUCAAAAUAAUGCUUCAUGUGUCGGCGCCGGCCCGCCAGUACUAAAAAUGCGCCAUGUGGCGCCAUUAAACUCGCGAUAGAAGUCUCGUAAAAAAAGCCAUGAAAGGGCAGUUGGGCUGUCAAUUUCCCGUUUGUUAUCCAAAAUGACUGAAAAUUGCAAACUUGGCAAGGCUAUAUUAUCCGCAUUUUACAACAUUGCGCAAAGAAACAUUGGAAUAUUAUAAAUAAUUUUUUGAUGCUCUUUCAAGCUGUGAUGAAAUUUUUGUCUAGACUUGUUUAAAUCAAAAUAUAGUGUAUUUUACGCAAGUGGUCAAUUCGCACUCAUUCAUGUAUAAUGCGCACUGUCUGUCAUAAUUAUUGCAUCAAUUAUUGCUUUAGGAUGACGGUACAAACGAAGAUUCUGCGAACGUCGCAGACAAAAGAAGCUAUGUCCCUUCUGGUAGCACGCCCCACAAACCAUCGAGGAAAAUAUCUCUCGUUGGUCCAAGUCCAUUAAAAUCAGCUAAAAAAUUAACUUUUACAAAGCAGCCAUCUCCUGCCCAGAGAGUAAGCAAAUGAUUUUACGUUAAUUCGUAAUAAAAUUUAUGUAUGUUUAAUAUGUAUAUAUGGUUUAAUAUUAAUUAGUAUGAAUAAUGACUGUUUAAUAUAGUAUUAAAUUAUAUCAAUCCCUCUCACAGGCAGCGAAAUACCUCGUAACAAGAGCCAAGGGGCGCCAUUCACCAAAGGAGCUAACAUUCUCUCCAAAACAAAAAAGAAAUGUGUGGACGUCAGAAGAAGAUAAGUCAUUAAUUGAGUUUAUUGCCCUCCACAGAGAUCUGCAACCUACCAGUAGUGACUGGCCAAGUAUGAGAGUGCAACAUAAAUAUUGGGAGAAAGCUGCACAAUUCAUUAAAGAAAAUGCACCAACGGUUCAUAUCAGACCUUGUAAGUCACAUUGCAGUUAUCUCAUGCUUUUUUGCUUUUAUGGGUUAACAUGUUUAUGAUUCUGUGUAAUGCACCUGUCAAUGAUAAGCUGCAGGGGAGGAGAAUGGGAAAUCCUGAAGGAUUUGACAUCAUAUAUACCCCUGUAGGUGGGAAAUUCGACAUCAACCGCCAUCCCCAGAAAGAGGAUAUUUUAUUACCGUGCUGUGGCCUGGGGGUCUGAUGAUAUUGUGUGACAUUCACCUUUUUUUAUUAUUUCACAGUGACUAUCAUCCCAAGAGUGGCCAGUAUGAUGUCACCUCAAUAAAAAAUGUUGAAUGCCCUUGUGUUUGCCACCACCUAGCUCACACUUAACAUUUACAAGGUGCAUGGUGAUGCAUAAUCAACCAUUUAAUUAGAGUAACACAAUACUUUUUCCACUUUAAUUAAUUUAUAUUUUUCUCUAGCAAUGUCUAUACGUUCAAGAGUGUCUUUUCUCAAGACCAAGUUUUCAUCAAUUGACAAUGCUGAGGACAAUCUUGGUCUGACUGUUAGUCACUACAUGAGCACUGAAACACCAUGUACCAACUUGAGAAAUUCAGAAAGGAUGUCAGAGCAAGUGCGAAGAAAUGUUGACCCUCUGAUUCUAACGAAGGAUGACAAGAUUUUGUUAAUAAAAAAGUAUAUGGAAACACUAACUGAAGAUGAAAAGAUGGAAUGCAUACAUGAGUUUUACGAUGAUAGAUGUGAACUAUUAUCAUUAAUAACUAAGCUAUUUACAAAAGUAAAUGAAAAAGUUGGUAUUUGUCAAACAACUGAACAGCAGUUAUUCAGCAAACAUUUAGAUAAACUAUACUUCAAAAUUGCGGUAAUGGAAGGAAUACGUUCAAAUCCAAAGCAUUUUAUUACAACAUCAAUCAAAGCCAUGAAACGACUGCAAGCUGAAAGCAGAUGUAAUCUCGUCUAUAAGUUCUGCCAAAUGCUGACUGAUGUGAAUAAUUUUGACCAGUCUAGUUAUUUGAUGAGAUUGGACAGAAUGCCAUUUGGCCUGCUUGAUUAUGUCAUACAGUUCUUCACAUGCACAAACACCAGACAGGUACUGCAAUUUGUUUCAUUCAAGUAACACUCUUAAUAUAAGUAACACACCACUAUUUGUCCUGAAAAACAGGUUAUUUAAAUAACUUCUACUGUAUCUAUUGACUGUUUAAGAUAUGUGAGCCCGAGGACUACCGCAUUUGGCUGGAAACAAUGGAAACCGAAUUUCCUAGUAGAUUUCAUCGCUUGUUUGCUGGACCUAUGUGGAGCAACCAGGAGACAAAAUAUUAUGGGAAUCCACAUAAGGUACUGGUUGUUCUACUGUUUGGGAAGAUCAUUUUUGUUAAUCUUAUUAAUUAUUUAAAAUGAGUACCAGAUUGACAAAUCCUAUGUCAAUGAGUGGUAAAUGUUGCCUCAAAUUUCUAGUCACUUUCAAUCAUAAUAUACAUUCGGAACCAAAAUACUGUACAAAGGCAAUGUGAUACGACUCAUACCGGUACCAGUUAACAUUAGAUAAUAUUUUUUGGAUAAACGUAUAACAACAAGCCUGUAAAUUGCUUAGGGUGGCAUUUAAAUGUUUAAAUUAGAGUAAAUUUUUUUGUAGGCAUUAACCAAUGUUCCAUGUACAAGUCUUGUGUCACAUUGGAGCAAGUCCAAGAAAUAUACUAGUUUUUCCGCUACUACAGAUAUUCAGGUAAUUCUUCAGUCACAAUUUGAGUCUGUCAGUUCAAUUGACUGAGUCUUGUUCCACACAGUAUUGGCUUUGAUAAUUACAUUUUAUCAACAGUAAUUUUGAUCAGAGUAAUGUACUUCAAAAUUUGCUUAAAGGGGUUAACUAGAGUAAUAGAGCAUUGAUUUGUGCUCGAAAAACAUUUUGCUUGAACGUACUGCAAUGUUUGGUAAGUGUGAUUAAUUAAAUAGAAUAUGGUCAGUUGCAUAUAGGGAUGAACACAAAACCAUUGUUUAUUCUCAAUCAAAACUUUAAUGUUUGUCAAGAGCAUUUGAUAGGUUUCAAUUGGAUCAGCCAAUCAUGUUUAACUAGCUUCGCACUUAUUGGCUGAGCUAAUUUAAUUCUUUAAUGUUUGUUAUACAUUACAGACAUUGAAGUUUCUUUUAAGAAUAGACCGUGUUUUUGUCUGCUACUCUCCAUCCUUAAAUACAACCAAAAGAAAUUUUUUGUAUUUUUUUCUCAAGGUUUCUGCUCUUGAUCAGUUGAAACAAACAAAUGGCCGAUUUUGGAUCAAGAUUGACGGCACCGACAUCAAGACUGCACUUAUGGAAUCUGCACGCCGUGUGUGGAAUGGAGAUGUUGAUAUGAAUGAUGGAGAAUUGAAAAAGCUAAGAGAGCAGUAUGAAAAUCAUUUGACAGACGUUGAUAAGUUCAGCAAAUCAGAUUGUCAAAAUUUGCAAAUAAAUGGAACCAAGCUCAUUAACAUGUUUAAGAAUGAUAUACCAUACUUGAUGAAUGGUUUUCAGAGAGCCAGAGCAGUUUACCAUGAGAAGUUCCAGAAGCAGGUACCAAAUAAAACUUUGAAAGAACUUAAUUGGGACAUUGUUGAACACAACACAUUGCUGCAGCAAUCUCAAUUACUGUGUGAAAAUGUCAAAGACACAUUGGAUGAUGCUUUCCCUGAUGAGUUAGAUGAGACAACUGCUGCCAAUAUCAAGAAACUAGCAGUGAAGAGCAAGUCUUAUCUUUGUGACAUAUACAAGAAAAGACGGACUGCAGCUUCACAUGUCCUAGUCACUAUGCUAUCUGAUGAGAGGCGAGCAAAAAAGCCAUAUGCUCUGCCAGUAAGGUUUAUUGCAUAUGAAAGCUUAAAGGACCAACAGCUCAGAGAUUUCAACAGAGAUAUUAAGAGAAAGAUGGUGGAAAGAGGACUAAAAGUUGUUGGUACUGUAUAAUAGUACUGUAAAUUUUAACAGUUAAAUUGUUCAUGUUGUAUUUGCAGGAACUGUUAGCUGGACAAGAGAUAAUUCAAUUCAUUUGAUUAUUAACCCAUUGGGCCUUGAUGCACCCCCUUUUUACUCUGUCUAACGCCAGACAAUUUUACUCGUCAAUGGGAGAGCGCUGGCACUUAAUUAACCUAUUUACAGUGUACAUUAAACACUUCCCCCUUGACAAGUAUAUUGUCAUGUGUUAAUUGAAUAGCAAAGGAUGGUGCGAAAAAGGUCUCAUCGAGACUUGUGUUAACACGAGAAUGGGUUAACAAGAGAAUUAUGGGCAGUCACUGUGGUCUUGUUAACCCAUCAAUUGUAAUACUUUCCCCUUAAUGAGUAAAUUGUUUUGCAUUGGGCAGUAAAAUAGCAAAGGUCACAUCAGAUGUUUAUUGUUUUAUAUUUUGUAUGCUCUAGGUACUGUAACAGAUGGUGAAUUCUGUUCAUUAAGGAGCCAAGGGGAAACAAGACCUCUGCACAUUUGGCAGUUAAUCCAUGACAGCAAAGAAGCAGUGCAGAAAAUGUCAAAGAAAACCCUCUUAGCAAUGCUGAUAAAGUGUGGAGGUAAGCAAUUUAUAAAAGAAGCAAAUAUACAGGGUAUGUAAACAUGGACUAGAUUACCUAAGUGACAGGGUCAUUUUUGCAAUUACCAUACUUACAGUAGGUGUACAACUAGUUCUAAUAUCAGACUAUAACUCAAUUUUAUGAGAUUUUGUAUUUAUCAGCCAUGUUGGUACAAUUAAUACAUAAUUUCAGUGCAGUUAUAUGUAUUGAAGAUUAAUAUCAAUAUAAAAGGACGAAUAUUGGUGUUGUACCAUUGCUACAUUAAAAGGGAUGUCAUUUAGCAUAUUUUUUUGUUCUUUACAGAAAGUGAAUGUGGAGAUCCUGUGGUGAAAAAACCAAAUGCAGCAAUCCCACACAGUUUUAUCAACCUAAUCCACAACCUGCAAAUAUCUGAAAACCUUACCUUGGAAGAUGCAGUGAAGCAAGUCAGGAAUAGUUUGGUUCCAGUGGGCUAUACUCCAUAUCCAUUCAAAAAGGAUACAGAAGAAUCUUUUCUUGAUAUGCUGAGGAGCUUGGUUGCAACAUGCAUAUACAGAGAUGCGAUCAAACACCUGAAGGGAAAUGGUGUUGAUUUUUCCCUCUACAUUUAUGUUCCUGAGGUAGAUCCAAUCACCAAAGAUGUACGACAUGAUCGGAGUGACCAUAAUCACCUUUUCCGACGAGCUGUAAAGAGCAUUCGGGAUGGCAACCAUCAAGGUCUCAAUUUUGAAGCAUUUGAUGAUGUUCUUCUUGAUCCUGGCAGUGGCCUGACACAUGCAGUCCUUAUCGGUUUGAGAAAGCAGUCACUUGUUGAUGCAGAACGACUGGUUUCGAAAUUUGUUGUUCGGUCACUCAGAAAAAGUGAACAUGAGAAAGAAGCUCAGCAUGUACAGCUGCUGGUGAAUUGGCAUGAGGCUAGUGAUGGGCGUAGUCUAACACAACUACAAAGGUGUAGAUACAACUACAACAUGCUCAAUUAUAUAUUGGACGAAUGGAUGCCAUGGCACAAAGAUUGCUAUGAUUUCUCAACUAUUGACAUUAACAGGUACUGUACACGCUGGCACUUAAUGGGUUAACUGGCAUAUCUGCCCCAUUGAAAUGAAUAUAGGUGGAACGCUAUAUCCAACAAAAAAUUUGAAGCCAAAUUUGAAGGCCAGUCCCAGUCUUUUCACGCAUGCAAAUGCGAUUGACGCAGUCAAUCAUAAUAUAAACAUGUGUGUCUUGGUCUGGAGGUCAGAUUUGGCUUCAAGAAAAAGAUUCAUUGGCAGUUUAUCUUAAGGUAGCAUUCCAGUUAUAUUCAUUUCAGUGAUCUGCCCAUGUGUCUAAUUAACCCAUUGAGUCGCAUUGCUUCAUGAUGUGCCCUAAUUUAUAUUUUACUCCUCAAGGGAAGAGCGCUUAAUGGGUUAAAAGUAUUGUGUAUAAAUGAAAUAUUAUGUUUUUAUAUAUUGUAAAUUAUGAUGUGAUAAAGGUAAUGUAUGUACAGGGUUAUUUAUGCAUAUAGCUACAGCUAUCUGUGAACUCCUGAAGAGUUAUAGAAUGAGUGGUGGUGAUUUUUCAAUUUGAGCCAAGUUUGAGAAAUUUCCCAUUGGUUGUGGCAUCUUUUGUAAAUUCAAACAAUAUUGUACAUCUUCAAUUUAUAGACCAACAAAUAAUAUUUGUGGCUUUUCACGGGAAACCCUUGUUGAAAUGACAACAAAUAUUGAAAGUCAAGAGUUCAGAAGGAGAGAAAAUGAUGAAUUGGGAUAUGCUGAGCAUCCAAGAGCUGGUGGAACAGAUGAUCUGGAAACAUUGUUUUCCAUUGCCCAUCGCAAACUUGGCACUACCUUCACCUUGAAAGACUGGACAGAGUACUGGCCCAAACUUGUCAGGUAAACGUCUGCUUACAACCGGCUGAAAUUAAUUCAGCUAUCUAGGAGAGUAGAAGUCUGCUAUAUUAUGAAAGGUAAAAGGCUUGUGUUCUUAGCAAAUUUAUUUGUUCCAUGUGAAGCAAGGGUAUUUACUCAAAACAUCAGUUCGAUACUUUGGACCCCAACUCUUUGAAUUCAAAAUAUUGAGGGUGAGCAUAUGUUUUUAUUCAGGGAAUUCUGUAAGAGGAUGGAUAACACACUGCCAUUCUAUUACUGGACGCUAAACGA